AAAAAGCAUCUUCAUGACGUCAACCACCUUAGUUACUCGAGACACGUCAUGCUUAUAUGGAUUGAUUUGUGAAAAGUGGAAAGGUGUACUUUUUACCAACGUAGAACCCUUUAAAACACUGGCUGGUUGUGGCGCUCAUUGCUGUGCUACUAACCUAAAAAAAAAAGUGACACAGCUGGGAAGUUCAUCAAAAUUCAACCAGAUAAAGAGUGCCCAGAAAUCUCUCCAACUGGUGGAGACACUGACUGAGGCUAAGUAAAGCACCAUUCUUGAGAGCAUGGAGAAUAAUAAUGCCAUUGCAGCUCAGGGCCCAGAUGAUGAGGCGAAAAUUGAAAAUGUGAAACCAACUGUCGAUGAAUCUCCAGACAAGGACAGGAGCAACAGACAGCGAAGGCGCCCUUAUCGAAGAGAAAUUCAUCCUGAAGAUGAAACUGGAAAAUGGGCCAUUCGAAGAAAAAUUUGGGACUAUUUGGAAGAUAACAACUUGGUAAAUGUGCCAAGACCUUGCCAUUAUCGUAUUCCUAAUUUUGAGGGAGCAGCUGCUGCUAAUGAUAAACUGGCAACACUAGAAGCUUUCAAAAAGGCCAAAACUGUGAAAGUCAAUCCUGACAAGCCCCAGGAGCAAGCCAGGUUUUUAGUACUUGAGGCUGGAAAAGAACUAGUUCUUCUAAAUCAGACACAGAGGAAUUUACUGGUACCUACUCCACAACUUAAAACUGGUCUUCUGAAUCGUGUGGUCCCUCCUGAAGGCACUACUGAUAAAGAAAAGCUGAGACAUUGUUGCACAUCUCAGGGUGUGAAAGAGAAUAGUAAAGAAGUUGGACUUGAUGAGAAGAUCAAGAUUGAUCUUGUUGUUGUAGGGAGUGUGGCUGUGUCUAGGAAAGGUUACCGUAUUGGUAAAGGGAAAGGUUUUGCAGACUUGGAAUAUGCAAUGAUGAGGACAAUGGGAGCUAUUGAUGCUAAUACUGUAGUUGUGACUUCAGUUCAUGACUCCCAGGUGGUGGAUAUCCCUGAAGAGCUGGUUGAUGAGCAUGAUAUGACUGUAGAUUUCAUUCUAACGCCAACUGAAAUCAUUGAGACUAAUUGCACUCGACCUAAGCCCACUGGUGUUAUUUGGAGCCAUCUAGAAGUCAACAAAUUCUUUCAGAUUCCUGUUUUGAGACAACUGAGGGAAAUUGAGAAGCAGAAUGGUAAUAAUGUUUUCUUGAAGGGACAAGAAAGUGCUGAAGAUGAUCCUCUGGAGAAUGCAGAACCGCCUCGUCCACGAAGAUUUAGGCGAUUUGGUGGGCAAGGUGGCUACAGAGGACGUGGUAGACCAUAUAGGUUCAGAAGAGGUGGUGGUGGUCCAGGGCGCCGCAGAGAAGGAGGGGAUGACAGUAAUAAAGAAAAUGUUGAAACUGGAGAUGAAUCUGGUGCUGAUGGAGAUGAUGGACGUGGAAGAAGAAGGAAUUAUCGCAACCGCCGAUUUAGACGUGGUGGUAAGCCCCGUGCCUCAGAAUCUGAGCAUAGUGAUGGUGGUGGAGAAGGGGGCCAGGGUGAUGGUGAAGACAAAAAUCGCCAGAGAAGAUAUCCUCAGCGUAGACGCUUUCAGCGCCGCCGCCGUUAUGAUGGACCUGGGGGAAGAAGAGAUAAUAGAGGAGGAGGAGAUCAUUCAGGCAGUGAUGGUGAACAGAAAACAUCAGGAGAUGAGGAUGGUGAAGGCCGCAGACCAUUACGUCAAAAAUUUAGGACCAAUCCAGAUGCCAUUGUCUGGGUUGGUGGACUUUCUCGUCGACUACGUGUGAGUGAAUUGAAAACUGAACUCCGUGCCCUAAAUGUCAAUCCUCUUCGUUUGGUAUGGCGUGGAGCUCGUGGGUUUGCUUUUCUUCAUUUCCAGACAACAGAUACCGCCAAGGAGGCUGUAGAUGUUCUGGGUGGGAAAGAGCUAGAUGGAAGAGAAGUCAAGGUUGAGAUGGCCAACAAUGAUCGUCCACCUCGUCGAAGAGGAGGGUACAACAGAGGUGAUAAAGUAGACAGUCAGUCUUCUGAACCCAUUGAGAGUGGGGACAGGUAGGAAGGUGAUGUAAUGGGGAUCUCUGGCGGUAUUAGUGACCUCGUCUUGUUUAUUUUUGUGUGUUUGUUGAGGUCCCACAUAAGCCGCCGCGGAAAUGACACAUUUCCGCCGUCCUCACUUGCCUUCCAAGGGCGGAGGGGACAAGAGAUGAUGCAAGCGACCGACCAAUUAGCCAUAGACCUACAAUUGUAAUGACAUGGACAUUGGUGGUAGCCCCAUCCAGUUUGUUUUGUUUGUAAAAUAUAAAGCUAUAAAUGACGUAUUCAUUCAGUGGUUAAUUCAAUUGACGUUUCUCGUGUUUUUUCUUAAUGAUUCUUGAUUGCAUACAUAAGAGAAGAAAUGAUUAACCCUGCCCAGCUUUCACUGAGACAAAAAGAAGCUACUCACUGGCCACUACUACUAAUCACAUUGUUGUCAUUUUUUUUUACCACUAAGAUGAAUAAAGGGCUAAUUCAGUAAAGGUUGACAUUUGGUAGUGACUCCUUGGUAACUGUCCCCCCCACACCCGCAGUCUUGUGCUAUUUUCUCUGUUUUCAAACACAACUAAAAACAGCACACAAUACUACAUGGCGACGAGAUUGUUUAAAAAUAAUGUAGACUAUUUGACUAUAAGGCAGCACUUUGUUAUUUCUUGAACAAUAUUCUAGUGUAUUGAAAGUGUAAUGACUAUUAGUGUAAGAUUAUCAGAGAAGUACUUACUGAUAACUUUUGACCUAUGUCAAUGUAUUCUCAGUAAUGCAUUUUGUUUUCUCUUUUUAAACAAAAAUUGUUUUACUUGUAAAAUGAGGAAAAUUUGAGUUUUCCUGGAAUCUGUUGUUUUUUGUUUUCAAAAAUAAUUUUUUUAUUUUUACACUUUAGUUACUUACUAUAAGGAUAUUUCUGUAGAACAUACUGCUGUCUCAAGAAUUUGUGUAUGCAAGAAUUUUCUUUCUUGUUAUUUUUUUUAUGCCAUUUCAGUAAUGAGUGUGAUUUUUUUUACAAACUACUGCCUUGAAUUGAAGCACUGUUUCGCAAAGAUAGGUUUUACCUAUAUUAGAGAACAUUUUCUAUGUAUUAGCAACCAUAAUUUUUAUUUUUUUAGUUAUCUUUUAUAAGGUGAUCAAUUCAAUCUUUAUGAAAUUUUCCUUGCAAUUCACCAAAAGGCUGUUUCCAUAUACUUCUUUCUUUCAGAUGAAUCUAAUUUCCCCCCCCCCCCCCCCCCCCCCCAAAAACACCCACUAAUUGUUAUGAUCGGUUCCAGUUGUUACUAUUGCAAAUAUUGUUAGUGGAUGUACUUGAAGUGGGUACUAAACUAUUUUGUACAGAUAUGUAAAGUGAUGUUUUUUUUUCCUUGUGCAUAUCAUAUUUUAUAAGAAGUGUUUUGUUUUUAUGUUGUCUGCAGAGGUCACAAGAUAAAAUUUCUGUCUGCCAAGUUUAUAACCAAAAAACAAACGCCCUCAAUUUGAACAUUUUCUUGACUUCUAGCUGGCAUGCACGUAGAUCAAUUGUAUAAGACCACUGGACACGGAAACGUCAACGUUUGUUUCUUUUUUUUUAUUUAGACUGCCUUUUAUUAUUUUGCUGCAUUUGAUACAAUGUUUAACUAGCUGGCUGGGAUCUAUCAUACUUUAUUCAAGUAAUGCAGGCAGUUUGGAGGCUUAGCUUUGGAUAGUUUUGUUUUAGUAAAGAACUUUUUGUUUUAUUCCCUGUGCUGGGAAGUGUAGAUAUCUAAGAAAUUCUUUCAUGCAUUCUUGUCAAUUGUAUUUACUCAUUAUUUAUUUUUUUCUUCUAAAUUGUUUUGUUUCUGUUUAGGUCUAAAACUUAACUCUUAGAUGAUGGGACUAAUGGCUGCAUGCAUGUUGUGUUAGUCUAUACUUUUGUAAGGAUAGGAAAGACUUUUUCUUUUGAAGUUUUCAUCCAUUAAUUUGGUGCAUAGUUUUAUAUUUGAUGAACAACUUUGUUUUGUCAAGGUUUGACUCUUUUUUUUUUUUUUUUUAGGUGGAGAAUGUAAGUUAGGAUUCACCUAAUUUGUACUCUAGAUGUAAUAAUUUACUGGCCAUUUUCAUUACACCAAGCUGGUCUGGUCGUGGCUAUUACUUUUGUCAUGUUUCAGCUGAAAAGCAUUAGGAUGGCUGCCACUAGCCAACUGAAUGUAGUGAGCAAUGGCUUGGCCAAAAUAAAGUUUCUCCUCAAAUAUUUCAUUCAUGCAGCACUUUGUAUGUAUUGUUUGUUGACUUCAAUAAACUUUGUCUUGUUCUCACA